AUGCUCAACGCUGGUGCUGCCUUGGACUCGGUACGAGUGCCUGAAUCUGCCGGAGGCGGCUACCUAGCUCAGCUCGACGGAUUCCACGCCCUGCAUUGCCUCCGCGUGCUCUGGUUUGAUCACCACUCCGAGGAGAUCUCGGAGACCAAGAAGUCCAAGCUAGAGAAUUCACGACACUACGAAGCACAUUACGAACACUGUGUCGACCUCCACCAGCUUCGCGACUUUCAAUUGGCUUGUCGAAAUCGGCGAGCCAUUCCCUUUUUUUUUUCGAACCCCAAGAAAUGCCUUAAGUUGGACAAGAUCUUGGACUGGACACACGAGCACAAGUUUCGUGAGCCAGAGGGCUUUGUCUGGGAGGCUCCUAAUGACGCUCAUUUGGUCAGAGUAGUCGACCGUGUUGCGCAAUGGGAUGAGCCUCGAGUAGACAAGUAUGGGAACGUGCUGUGA